UGCGGCAGCGGGUCAAGGAGUGGCGGAAGUGACGGCGCCGGCCAUGGCGGCCGAGUGAGGGUCGGUGUGGAAGGGGAGCGGGAGAGCGGCGGAGCGGGGCCUGGUGAGAUGCUGCUCGACCCGCUGAGUUCCACCGGCAGGUUGUGUGUUGCUCCAGAUUCCACCAUCUGCGGUCUCUUACAUCUGAAGUGGUUUUGGGCUUCUCGUAUCUGGUUCCUUCCGAAUCUGAGACGAUGCCAGCCUUACUGGAACGGCCCAAGAUGUCGAGCGCGAUGGCGCGGGCACUUCACCAGCACAUCAUGAAGGAGAGAGCGCGGAAGCGGCAAGAGGAGGAGGAGGUGGACAAGAUGAUGGAGCAGAAGAUGAAGGAGGAGCAGGAGCGCAAGAGGAAGAAAGAGAUGGAGGAGCGGAUGUCACUGGAAGAGACAAAGGAGCAGAUCUCCAAGAUGGAACUGAAGCUGCAGAACCUACAGGAGGAGAAACACCAGCUGUUCCUGCAGCUGAAGAAGGUCCUGCACGAGGAAGAGAAGCGACGGGCCAAGAUGAAGGAGCAGAGUGACCUGAGCACCCUGACGCAGGCAGCAUACCCGCAGGCUCUGGCUAUCCAUUCCAGCCCGCACCUGAUCAACGUACAAGAAGGCCACGGGAGACCCGCUGGGCUGUUGGGAGAUCGCCCAAAAUCGCAGAUGUUCACAUCUGGGGCUAUCGCACAGAAUCGUGCAUUCACGGCACAGGCUGGAUUCACGGCUGCACAGACAGACCACCCACAGUACCAGACCGGCCAAGCAGGACAUAGCAGUUACCCUGUUAAUCAGACACAGCAUGGACCACCUUACGGACCAGGACAGGCCGUGACUUAUACCAGCAGCCAACAGCUUCGAGGGCCUUCUGCUUUCCAAGCCAUGUCGGCAUACCUGCCGCAUCAACAGGCUGCCUACGCGGUCCAUGGGCACUUCACCCCUCAACAAGGCUUUAUUUCCCCGAGUACAUCUAUUCCUUUGCAAAAGCAAUUGGAACAUGCAAACCAGCAGUCCGGAUUCACGGAUUCUGCCGGAUUAGCCUACGUGCACCAACAGAGACCUGCUUCACCUGGAGGAUUCCCCCAUGGGACCCCACCCCAGCAAGCCCUCCCAACCGGAUUCCAAGCAACGGGGCAGGCAGCUCCGCGGCACACGUACCUUCAACACAGUCAGGGUCAGCGCUAUUACCACCAGUAACGGCGUCCGCACCAGCUCCCCCACCCUCCCCCACCCUCAGUCCUGCUGUCAGAGGAGGAAUCGAUCGUCGUCAGGAGUCCAUGUCUCUGUGAACUGAAUGUUAGCCGCACCUGCUUUCACAUGCAAAGGAGGCAGAUUAACCCCUCUAAGUUAAACUGCGGGAGCAGAGGAUGGCUGUGGGCAACUGCCUAAGUGGAUGUCAGAUAGCAAAGGCCAGCUGACUGCCAGCCAGCAGGUAAGCCAAGCCACAUAAUCUUCUCUCUGCUCGAACCGCAGUCUCUCUUUUGACAGCCUGUACUGUAUAAAGCUCGCCGAACCUGCCUCAUGGUAUACCUGCCUCGGGCCUGGGUGACAGAAACCUGGCCAUCGACAGUCCAGUUGGAACGCUGCGCCAUUUAGAUUUUGCCUGUAAAUACCCUUUCAACUUGCCUUCCCAGCUCCUGCCUCCACUCUCUCCGUCUCCCCCUCUCUUGUCGAUAGGAACUCGGCCUUGACAGGGCAAUCUGAUCUUGUGUUACAGGUUACUGAGGGUCAAUGGUUCUCCUGGCUGGUUUUAGCUGCCCCCACCACAUACCUUCCAUUAACUGAUCCUCACCGUCACUGCUUGUUCUAAUCACCUGCCGUCCUGGAGGGAAUGAUCAGAAAGUUGUUCCCACACGGGAACGGGCCAUUCAACUCAUUGAGUCCAUACCGUUCUUCAAAGGACAUUCAGUCCCAUUGCAAUAAUUUCAACCCUCCCCGUGUACGUUCUCCCCGUGUCUGCGUGGGUUUCCUCCGGGUGCUCUGGUUUCCUCCCACAUUCCAAAGACGUACGGGUUAGGAAGUUGCGGGCAUGCUAUGUUGGCGCCGGAAGCGUGGCGACACUUGCGGGCUGCCCCCCAGAACACUCUACGCAAAAGAUGCAUUUCACUGUGUCUCGAUGUACAUGCGACUGAUAAAGGUAUCUCAAUAUUUCUGGAUGACACAGUGGGGCAGCCGGUAGAGCCGCUGCCUCCCAGAUCCAGACACUUGGGUUCGAUCCCGACCUUCAGCGCUGUCUGUGUGUGUGUGUGUGUGUGUGUGUGGAGUGUACACGUUCUCCCCGUGACCCCGUGGGUUUCCCCCUGGGGGCUCCGGUUCCCUCCCAUGUCCCAACGACGUGCGGGGUCGGUGGGUUAAUUGCCUGCUGUAAAUUGCCCCCCUAGUGUGUGGGUGAGGGGUUAGAAUCUGGGGGGAGUGAAUCAAGGAGUAAUUCAGGAUGGAAACAGGCCCUUCAGCCCAACUCGUUCAUGCCCACCAAGGUGCCCACCAUUUUGGCCCACAUCCCUCUCAACCCCUCCUAUUCAUGUACUUACCCAACUGUCCUUUAAAUGUUGUCGUACCUGCCUCAACCACUUCCUCUGGCAGCUCGUUCCACAUACCCACCACCCUCUGCGUGAAGAAGUUGCGCCUCGGAUCUUUCCCCUCUCACCUUAAACCUAUCCCCCUUAGUUUUUAGUUCCCCUUCCCGGGAAAAGUCAAUGGGAAUGGGGGGGGGGUAGGGGAGAAGAAUAGCUGACAGGGAAAAUUAGUGGGGGAUUGUUCUGUGAGCCAAGGAGAUUCACUGGGUUGAAAAUCCUGCUGCUGUGUUGUAAUAUGGAAAUAUCCUUCUGAAGUUCCACGCCCAGAACCGGGUGGGAUACUCCGGUCACAGACUGAACUUGUAGGGUUACCCGAGGGAAGGGCUUUGCAGUGAAUUCACUACAGGACAACAAUUUGUACAGAGCGGGAGCAAAAAAGGAUCAGACAAGCUGGCUGUCGGGUGUUGGCCGAUGGAUGCCAGGUACAAAUCUCAAUAGCGCUCAUGGGCUCUCGGAGAACAGAUGGGCCCUGGGGUUAAUCUUAUCCAAAAACAGCAGCCCCUCUGGCAGUGCGGCACUCCCUCAGCGCCGCUCCGGAGCGUCCAGUUGGCUCAAGGCUGUGGUGUGGAACCUGUGCCCAUUUGCCUCAGAGGCAAGGCGGCUAUUCGCAGUUUAUGCUGACACUUCAAGGGAGAUCAGAAUACCCACACAAGAACAUUGGAUGGGUGUGUGGAUGAAUCUGCAGUGUUCUGACCUCAUGAGAGGAUUCCUCUCUGCAUAGUAAAUGUUUGCAUUGUAUUUCUGUGUAAUUGAGCAAGGUUUUUGUAUGAUAAAUACUACUUCAUCCAAACCAGACGUUAUUGUACUUUCUUCAUUGUUGCCUCCUAUUAAAAGAUAUUGACAGUCUUAA